GGAGACUACAGCUGUACAUGACAACAUGACUCGAAGAACUUUUGUAAAAUGAAAACAGGCAACACUUCCUAUCAAAUUAGGAGGAUUUGGAAUGACAUCAGUUGAUGCUAUUGCUUCAUCUGCAUUUUUAGGAGGAUGGAUGCAUACUCUGUCAAACUUGCCUACUAGGUUCCCUUACUGGACUAACAAUGCAUCACUCUUGAUUUCAAUAAAUAAUAACUCAAAGAUCUCGACCGAUAUUCAUCAAGCUGUUAAGUCUACUGGUUGUGAUGAUUGCCAACAUCUAAGUGAGUUUGUCAAACAGCCCAAGAAAUUACAACAAAAACUAUCUAGUCAACUACAUGAGGCAAAUGCAAAUUCCUGCCUGGAAACUACAAUUUCACAAUCAGAUAGAGCUGCAGCUAAAUUUAGAUCAAUAAGAGGAAAGGGAGCUGGGUCAUGGCUGGAAGGCAUUCCUACUGAAGCGAUUCUUGCACUUAAACCCGACAAAUUUCAUUUGGCAGCAUCUCUGAGGUUGGACAUGCCUGCACCUUUUGUCAACUGGAACAUCCACUGUGAAUGUGGCAAGUUAGCAGAUGAAUAUCAUCUUCUUACAUGCAAACAUGGAGGUGGGCCUGUGUGGCAGCAUGAUGAAAUUGUAAAUGCAUGGAGCAUUUGUCUACAUGAAUUAAAGAUUCAUCACGAGAAAGAACCUUGACAUCGUUACUCUGGAAAUGAGAAUAGACCAGCCAUAGUUGUGUGUACGACUCUGGGUGUAGCUAUGACCUUGAUGCAGCCAUGGCUCAUCCUUUCAGCCAAGACACUUUAAAGCAGGCAGCUUUAGAGAAAGGUUUUGCUGCAGCAAGAAGGGAGGAAAGGAAGAUGAUCAAAUACAAAGACAACAACUUGCCGGCAAUACAUCAAGCCUCAAUUUCACUCCUCUGGUACUUGAACAUUUGGAACUUGGGGAUCAGAAGCUACCAA